AUGUGGACUCUAGUGGUCCCUCUAGGCGUUCUGUAUGCUGGUGCUUCCUUUUGGUGGAAGAAGAAGACAUCCCCUGUGGAGGAGUGGCUGGACUGGUUCAAAUGUCCUGAUGUGUUACAGAGAGAUAUGGUCUCUGUCAUAGCUGUGAACUUGGUAUCUUGUUUCAACAGAAGAAAUCUUUAUAUGGUCUCAUCAUUUUGUUGUUUUAGGUGGGCCUCUGGAAGAAGAGGUGGCAUGACUGUUUUGGGGAAAGUUGCUGCUCCAAAACCUUUGAACUUACCCAGCCAAAGGUUAGAGAAUCAUGGCUUGGACCCAAAUGUGGAAAUUGUUCCCAAGGGUACUCUUAGCUGGGGUAGCCGUUUCUCUUCCUCUGCAUCAAACGCAUGGGGUUCCUCAACACAGUGUCCUAGUCCUGAUGGUGGUACUGGGUCACCAAGUCACCUCAGCGGUUGCCCUUCAUCUGGUGGAAGCGGCACUCGACCAUCGACUGCUGGUAGCGAUAGAAUGCAAGAAGCUUCUGUCAGUGCAUGGGGUCCAAAUUCUAGGCCAUCAUCAGCUUCUGGGUUGGUGACAUCAAAUCAAACGUCAUUGACUUCAUUGCGGCCUCGCAGUGCAGAAACUAGACCCGGCAGCUCACAAUUAUCACGGUUUGCUGAACUCUCAUCUGAUAAAUCUGCAUGGGUCCCAACUGCUGCCGUGGAGAAAUUGGGAGUCUCAUCCUCCAAGAAUGAUGGUUUCUCUUUGAGUUCUGGAGAUUUCCCAACGCUUGGGUCUGAGAGAGACAAUUCUGGAAAGAAUAUGGAGUCUGAAGGUGAUGUGUCUUUUGAUGCAGACAUAAAUAAUGGACCUGCCAAUACUUGGAAAAGAGAUGGUCCUCAACACAUUGAAAAUGGGGUCCAGCCUAGCAUGGAAAAGUGGCAGGGGGACUCUCAACAGUACCCUAAUGUUCCCCCUCAGCAUUUUGACGCCUGGCAUGGUCCUCCAAUGAAUGCUCCUCCAGCUGUUUGGUAUAGAGGACCUCCAGGAGUUCCACCAUAUGGUACCCCUGUUGCUCCUGGUGGCUUCCCAAUUGAACCAUUUCCUUAUUAUCAUCCUCAGAUUCCACAUCCCGUUUUAUCAAGUUCACAGCCAGUUCCUCCAGCUGGUGGAGGGCCAAGAGGAGCCCAUCCGAAAAAUGGAGAUCUAUGCAGGCCCCUUAUGCCUGAUGCUUAUAUGCGCCCAGGAAUGCCAAUUAGGCCUAGUUUUUACCCUGGUCCAGUGGCCUAUGAGGGCUAUUAUGGCCCUCCAAUGGGCUACUGCAGUUCCAACGAACGAGAUUUUCCAUUUAGGGGAAUGGCAGCCACUCCGUCUGUAUAUAGCAGGUACCCUGCCCAAAAUGAUUCUGAUCCUGGCAAUACCCAUGCCAAACUUGGUGAGCAUGGUUAUGCUGCCAAAACAUUGGCAUCAGAGCCAGUGAAACCUGGCCAUUCUGACGAUACACAAGGACCACACAAAGUUCUUCUGAAGCAACCCAAUGAAUGGGAUGGAAAAGAGGAAGUAGGGAAUCAGAAACACACUGCACCAGCUAAUGCCUCUAGUUUUGAAAAGGGCGACCAACCAAGAACAUUGUCGUGGAAGAAUGAAUGGGGAGCAGAAACAAGAAGCGAUGAAGAGAUGUAUACAAGAAGAACAAUGACUGUUGGUGAGAAUUCUUCUCGAACUUUUGACAAUCGAGGAAGUUCUUCUGGUUCUGCUAAAGUAAACAUACCUGAAAACAGAGGCAAUGCAAGGUUAUUUGAUGAAAGUUGGGUAAAGAAAUCAGGAAUUUCACCAUCUUCUUCUCCAAAAGCUUCUCAACUAUUCCCAGCUACCCCAAAAGAUUCGACUUUUAUAAAGAAAAUCGAAGGUGGACAACAUGAUGUUGCAUCCACUUCUAGUAGGGAAGAGCAGAAGAACAGAUUGAUGGAUGUUAAUGCGAAGUUCAGCAGUUAUACUAAUGAAGCUGGUAUUGCCACUGUUGAAAGAACUUGCACUACAGGAAAUCUUAUCCCUGCCUCCCUCGAAGUGGGUGUUUCUUCAGGAGAUAAGACCCUACAGCCAACAGCUGCGAGCGGGGCUACCAUUUCAAGGAGAGGUUAUCAUGGUGUGCAAGGUAGAAUUGAUCAUCAUGGUAAAGUAAGGCUCCACACUCAUGAUGUUGAUGGAUGGCGAAAGAAACCUUUACCUGCUGAGACUUUUGGUGCCAUUUCAGCUGCAAGUUUUGAACCUACUUCUGAUGUUCGUGCACAGGACUGCCAUGACCCUGUGAAGGUUGCCAGCCAGUCUGAGAUGAAACUUCCAGCGAAGGACGAGGGAGAAUCUUUGGCCCGAAUGUUUGAUCCAGGUGAUUGCCAGGCACAGCGUGCUAAGAGCAUAGAGUUAGCCAAGCAACGGGCAAUACAAAGACAGAAGCAAGAGGAAGAACGAACAAGAGAGCAGAAGGCAAAGGCUCUAGCAAAACUGGAGGAGUUGAACCAGCGUGCACAUGCUAGGAAUGGUUCAACCCAGAAGUGGGAAAAAGAUUUGUCCACUGAUACUAUCCAGCGGGAGCAGGAAGAAUCCCACUCUCUGGCUGAGCCAGUGACGGUUGCUACCAACUGUGAAGCACCUAGCUCAGAUUUGAUUUUCAAUUCUGGUGUAGUCCCUCAGGUUAGUGGAGGCAGUUCCAGUGGGGUUGAAGAAUCUACUGCACUGUCCAAAGAUUCACUUCUAGAGACGCCAAAUAAAGUCCAGCAGGAACCUGUUAUUCCACAUGGCAAGUCUUUGCCCUUGAAACAGGAAGUUGAUAAUGGUGAUGCUGCUGACACUAUAGCUGCCUCUCAAGUGAAUGAUAGUGUUGUCUCCAAGCAUAAGCGCAUGGACUAUAAACAGAAGCAUAAUAUGUCAUUGGAGAAGAAAUUGGUUGAAAAAUCAACUCGAAAUAGGGCAACUGAGGCGCCUAAAAAUCAUGUUGAUGUAGUUGUUAAUGACGUACCUACUGAUGUGGUUCCUGUUGAUGUGGGCUCAAGUGGCGAGUCAAGAUUGCCCAAUAACUCAAGUACCAUGGCUGAAUCCUCAGCACUUCAGAGAAGGAAAAAUAACUGGAGUGGCAAGAACAAGCAUAAGCUGGAUGAUGUGUCUUCUGCUGCUGCUUUAUCUUCACCAGUGUCAAAUGAAACUAAUCCUCCAAAAGCUCCCACUGAAAGUGGAAAGGCCAAGGUUUCUAAUGUAGAGUCGGAUCCAUGUUCAGUUCAGUCAGUGAUUGAUGCCAAAGAUGCAAUCCAAUCCUCAGAGCAGUGCUCUUCUUUACCAAGGGAAGAGUCCCAUGGUAGAGUGAAUAACCAGUUGAAAUCACAGCACUCCCGCAGGAUGCCAAGGAACCAACAAGUAAACAGAUCGGUGGAUAAAUAUCAGAGCAGUGAUGCUGUUAUUUGGGCACCUGUGCGAUCACAAAACAAAGCUGAGUUUGCAGAUGAAGCCAGUCAGAGAACUAUGCCUGAUGUUCUUACAACAUCAUCUAAGAGUGAUAAUUCUGUGCAGAAUAACAUGAAAAGCAAGAGGGCAGAGAUGGAGAGAUAUGUUCCCAAGCCAGUGGCGAAAGAGCUGGCUCAACAGGGAAGUUUCCAGCAACCAGUGUCAGCUACAACCAUUAAAACCACAUCUGAUGAAAUGACUGGGAGUUUCCAACCUGGUUCUCUGAGCAAUGAAAGUUCUCAACCUGCUAGCUGUACGAUUGGAAAUGUAGAACCUACUUUGGAGACCAAGAAUGGGGAUAGCAGGCAAAAUAAGCAGGCAAAAACAUAUGGAGCAUGGCGCCAACGGAGUUCAACAGAAUCAUCACGUCUGCCCGGUUUGCAACAUGGAUCAUCUUCCAUUUCAAACCCUAGCAAUACUGAUAAACACAUGGAACAACUACUGUCCUUAAAGCCUGAUGAAAAUAUUGUAAAAGCUCAACAGGAGGGUUCUGACGAGUGGAACACUUCAGAUGGGAACACUCCUCACGCUUCUGAUGCAGCUGCUCCUAUUAUUGCUCCUGUCGGGAAAAAUCAGGGAGCAAUGGGGAAAGGAAAGCGACAUCCAUUCAAGGGCAAUAGAAGCUCGGGGACUUAUCAUAAGCUUGAUCAUAAAAAUAUCGAUGGUGAGGAGAUGAACAAAAGUUGCAUUCAAUCUGCCUCUUUUGAGGCAUAUUCAGCUAAUACUCAACUGGGAAGCAGGUCCAGUGGAGGUCAUCAUGUUAAUGCAGAAGCUGGUAGGGCUAAGAAAAAGGAUUCUCCUCUUCCACCACAAAAUGACAAAGCCAGUAUUGAAGUUAUGGCUCAGCCACUCCAUGAUCUAUCUGUGCCCGGAAGUAAAAAAGUGGCAGAAACAUCCAAUGUAGGGCAACAAGAAGCUCGGGGAGAAAGGGAGGCAGGCUCAUUUAAAGAACGUCCCUACUCCCCGAACGAAGGUCCUGUCAGUACAGAUAACCAGGAUCCUGCAAAUGUGGAUAGCCUUCAUGAGCGGCGCUUCUAUGUGGGGUUUCGUAAAAAUGGAAACCCAAACAAUCAUUCUAGCAGAGGGCAUGAAUCUGGCAGAGACUGGAGCUAUGCUGACCAGGAUAACAGGCAUCAUAAUACACCAGUGAACCGGGGUAGGCAGAGGCACAACUCGCAUUAUGGGUAUCAGCCAGUUGGGCCAACCAAUGAUAGCAAAUCCGAAAAUUUUGAGGGACCAAGGGAUGGAUCUCAUAAUGUGGCCUUGACGUACAGGGAGAGGGGUUCGAAGCGUGGUGGGGGGAAUUUCUAUGGGCGACAAAGUGGCACGGUCCAAGUUGAUGCUGGUUAUGAUUGAUUGGAAAAUAUUGUUUGGAACUGGGAUUUUGGUUUUGUUGAAAACAAUUCGUCAAAAACACUUGUCUGGCUUUGAUUAGCCAGGAUAUCUGGUAUUGCUUGUUUUGGUGGUAGCGUGUUUAAACUAUUGAAGUCUUAUUAAAGUUAGCUACACUGUUGGCUGAUAUAAAGUGCAUUGUGCAGGAUUAGGGGCAAGUUUAGGCAUAUGCUGCCAAGGCAAAAUAUAGCAUAUCUAUGGCGAAGAACACGGGAUAUGUUGAUUUCUUUUAUUAAGGUUUAAUUGAUUUUGAUUAUCGUAAUUUGGUCCCUUUUUUUGGCCUGUGGAAACUUUUGGCGUUCUCCCUUAAGGAGCCUUGUUUCUAGUACCCAUCGUUUGUAUGUUCCCAAAGAUGGAAUGCUAGAGGGAAUGAAUUAAGGAGAGGAGUUUUCUGACUUUUUAAGUAAUGGAAUU